GAAGAGUCUGUGUGUUUACCUUUAUCACCCUAUCACAACCCAGUGACUAAAAGAUUUCAGUACUCUGUGCUGAUACAUGAUGGGGACACACGCCCUGUAAUUUAUCGUUCUGAGUGUAAACAUAUCCAGACGUAAACAGUCAACAGACAUGGCUGAUGUGUUGAAAAGUCUUAACCUCCUGGAGAGCCUGAAAGAGUCUAUUGAGAAGAAUAACAUUUCAGACAUAAAGGAUGCUGUUGAAGACAUGUUGAUAAGCCGUAUCAACAUCGCGGUGGUAGGGGAGAGGGGGACCGAGAAAACAAUGUUUCUUAACUCUCUCAGAGGUCUUAGUGUUGGGGAUGAAGGGGCUGCUCUUUGUCCCUCUGCUGCAGCUCCAGAGGAAUUGGCUGCAUUCCCAAAUCCAAAGCAUCCAGAUUUCCGUCUAUGGGACCUCCCCACUAUCUCAAGUGACCCCACUUUUGACCCUGAGAAUUACAUGGACCGCUAUAAAAUCCUGCGAUAUAAUGCUAUUAUCAUGACCUUCACACAAAGCCCUAGCACAAACAUGGUUGCAGUUUGGAAAGAGGUGAGAUCGCUGCAGAAAGACACAUUGUAUUUUGCUUUAUUGGCAUCUGAAAAGGACACUGAGAAAACCCUGGAAGCCAAAAAGAUGGCCAGUCUGGAGGUACUGAAAGCAGAAGGACUGUCUCAACCCAAAGUGUUCCUUGUGUGUCCUGCUGCUUUGGAAAAGCUGGAGUUCUUAAAGCUCUUAGAGGUGAUGCAAGGUGAUCUUCCAGAGAUCAGGGCUCAUGCACUUCUGCUGGCUCUGCCCACAUUUUCCAGCACCUUGGUGGCACAGAAGAAGGAAGCCUUCAAGGCUCUAGGCUGGGCAGCGGCCUCACUAUCUGCUGGGGUUUCUGCUAUUCCUGUUCCCCUGGUGGCCUCCAUGGUGGAUGCCAGUGUUGCUGUACGGAUUCUAACGAAAGCCCAAAUCUCUCUUUGCCUGGAUGAUGAGUCUGUGGAGAGGUUGGCAAAGCAGAGGGGCAUCGAGCCGAACAAGCUUAAGGGACUGCGAACCUGCCUCCUUUCAGUGGAGGUCAGCAAAAGCGAAGUGAAGAGGAGGCUUUCAGUGGCCGAGAAAGAUACCACCACAGCAACCACAAAGCUAGUGGAGCUGGCCAUGCCACGCCACGCCAGAUCCGUCAGCCGCUCCUUCACAGUCAUGCUGCAAGCCAUGAACUCUGCCAUUGAUGACAUGAGUGCUGAUGCAGAUAAGAUUGUAACAAUAGCAACAGGGGUUUCACAGUGAAUCAUGAUUGUCAUAAAAAGGACAACAUCAUGAUUUAGCUGAUAGAAUCAUUCAGGGUUCAGAAAACAUCUGUUGAUGUUGCAGUGUUGCCUGUAGAAGAAGUUCAAAUAAGGGACAUUCUAAUCAUCAUGGUUCUCUUUUCAAAAUGUGGAAGUGCAAGUGCAGGAAAAUGUGUUACAAGCAGCAGCAACUCGACAUGCAUACUGUAUGUAAACCACAGAAGAAUACGACCCUUAAUCAUUCUGAUUUUCAGCUGAUGCUUGUGUAAGUGUAGUGCUGAUUAAAUGUAAGUGCUUAAGACUUAAUACAAGUGCUUGAAAGAGAUAAAAGCAUGGAAUGAAAACAGAAGCAAAUGAAGAAAAUAUGAUUUUGCAUUCUAUCUAUCAAUUAUGAUUGUGUGUGCACUAGAAGAUGUACAGCUAUUAAAGGGGAAUUCUACCAUUUUUUUAAAAUAUCUGCAUGACUCAAGUCUAUUACAUGAAAUGGUUAUGAAUAUGCUGCUUGGUGCCUAUUACCUUUUUUUUUACAAUUUGAAAAAAAUUUAUCCUGAGGCAUUUUUUUAAAGCCAAGCAUGGCAAAUAGGUACAUGCAGCGUGUUGUUAUGCAAAAUGGUUACCACCCCCCCAACCCCCUUCUUUUCAACCAAGACGCAUGUAGGCUCACUGGUCAUUCUAAAUACUAAGUCAAAUAUAUAUUUGACAUUUUUGUGUUGUAGACAUUGUGACCCCUGGUUCCUGUCACCACCUCUGUAAAGGAAUCGAGCUGGCAGGUUUCUCAGUGCACCAUUUCUGGAUAACAUUGUUUACAUCUAAACAAUUGAAUUAUGCAGAAUUUGGUGGCGUUCCCCUUUAAAGAGGAAAAAGUUCCAGAAAAAUUGUGUAGUUGCAUCGUCAGCAGAACAUCUUGUGAGUGAGAUGUCUCUGAAGUGUUUAUUCAGAUUUCAUGAGGUAAAUAUCUGCUAUCACUGAACACAGCUUGAAAUUAUAACUGCUAAUAAAUAAUUGUGCAGCUGGUUAAUCCA